AAAUGUGAAUUCGGAUAAAACGACGACGUCCCAGAACAUGUUGCCAUGGCGCAAAAUCCAAAUAUAAAUGCAAAAUCCAAACUCUGUGGCGCAAAAUCAUCAAUCUUGAUCACCUCAGAUAUUAUUUUUACCAGUCUGUGUUGCCAUGGCUACAGCUAUGGCUGCUGGAAUUCUCUCCCAUAAUCCCUUCUCUCUCUCCAUUGUUUCACAAUCUUCUACAGAAGGUACAACCUCCAAGUCUGCCAAGCUGAGAGACGACUGGAGGCAAAAAUCUAGACCCAUCCCCCCUGGUGGGACCUACCCCGCCAAGGAUCAUUGCAGCCGCUGCGGGUUGUGCGAUACAUACUACAUUGCCCAUGUGAAGAAUGCUUGUGCUUUUCUCGGAGAUGGCAUGUCAAAAAUUGAAGUUCUCGAACCAAUUGUCCAUGGCCGAGGCAGGGAAAUUGAUUCUCUGGAUGAGACUUAUAUGGGUGUUUAUGAGGAUCUACUAUAUGCUCGCAAAACACAGCCGGUAGAGGGGGCUCAGUGGACAGGCAUAGUGACCACAAUUGCUAUGGAAAUGCUUAGAACUGGCAUGGUUGAAGCCGUUGUAUGUGUGCAGAGUGACCCAGAAGAUAGGUUCACUCCCAGACCUAUAUUGGCAAGGACUCCGGAGGAAGUGCUUGCUGCCAAAGGUGUUAAACCGACACUAUCUCCCAAUCUUGAUACUCUUGCAUUAGUUGAGGCUGCUGGUGUAAAACGUCUACUUUUCUGUGGUGUUGGCUGCCAAGUGCAAGCGUUAAGAUCAGUGGAGCAUCAUCUGAAUCUGGAAAAGCUUUAUGUUCUAGGAACUAAUUGCGUGGAUAAUGGAACACGAGAAGGCUUAGAUAAAUUUCUGAAGGCUGCUAGCACUGAACCAGAAACUGUACUUCAUUACGAAUUUAUGCAAGAUUACAAGGUCCACUUGAAGCAUUUAGAUGGUCAUAUUGAAGAGGUCCCCUAUUUCUCUCUCCCAGCCAACGAGUUAACAGAUGUGAUUGCCCCUUCUUGCUACAGUUGUUUUGACUACACAAAUGCUUUGGCGGAUAUGGUAGUAGGUUACAUGGGCGUACCGAAAUAUGCUGGAGUUAGCAUGACUCAACAUCCACAAUAUGUUACUAUUAGAAACGAACGUGGAAAGGAGAUGCUAAAUCUGGUGAAAGAUCUUCUGGAAAUCACCCCCACAAUUAGUUCGGGUAACAGACGUCCAUUCGUAGUUGAAACUGUAAAAGCUGAUGACAAUGCUAAAUUAGGCAAAGGUCCAGCUCAACCUGCUCCAAAGUUUGUUGGUAACCUAAUAGCAUUCAUCUUGAACCUGGUUGGUCCUAAAGGUCUUGAGUUCGCUCGUUAUUCUUUGGAUUACCACACCAUCAGAAACUACCUUCAUGUCAAUCGCGCUUGGGGAAAAGAAAGAGCUGAGAAGCACAUGCCAUCGUAUGCAAAGAAACUAGUAUCCAUGUACAACCAAAACGGGGAGAUCGAUCAGAUGCUAUCGAGCCAAAGUGAACUAGGACAUGAAGACAGAGCCAAACCUUGGACAAAAAACACUGAUUUCAAUGAAUGCAAAGUGCAUCAAAGGCAAAGCUUCACAACACCAAGGAAUGGGCUUUCAUCUUGAGGGGACACACACACUUGUUGACCGUCCCACGUGCUUGUCGUGCAUAGCAUUCUCUAACUACGAUUCAAAUCCUCUGUUGUCUUCUAGUGUGACAUCUCCUAUUGCAUUCGUGGAUGAUUGCCAUGUGGCAACACUGAGGGUUUAUAUAAGGAAGUUAUAUGUCCUUAAAUCUAUGUAUGCAAUAGAUAACGUCGCACAAAUUGGUAAUAGAGGAUCUUAAACGCUCUACCUUAGGAAACUUCUGAUGUGAAACUAGGAGUUAAACUUAGGUAUGUGAACCUUUGAUGAUUGAUUCUACUAGCUGAUGCAAGUUG